CGUCUCCACCCAGAACUUGGAUUCUGCGAGGCUGUGAAGGAGGACAGAGGCUCGGAGCCUCUGGGUUGUGCCCGGAGAAAUGCCGCUCUGUCGGCCCCAGCCUGCCACGGAGAGGGCCUGGACGGGGAACUAGAGGAUGCUACAGCUGAGCCUGUCCUGGCUGGGACUGGGGCCCGUCGCUGCCUCCCCAUGGCAUCUCCUGCUGCUGGGUGGGGCCUCCUUGUUCCUGGCCCGAAUGCUGGCCUGGAUCUAUGCUUUCUAUAUCAGCCGGCGUCGACUCCGCUGCUUCCCUCAGCCCCCUAAACGCCACUGGUUUUGGGGUCACUUGAACAUUAUCCAGAGCAACGAGGAAGGCAUGCAGUUAUUGACUGAGAUGGGCCACCACUUCCUUGACGUCCACCUCUGUUGGUUCGGGGCCUUCUACCCCAUCCUGAGGCUCUCACACCCCAAGUUCAUUGCUCCCGUACUCCAGGCCCCAGCUGCGGUGGCCCCUAAGGAAAUGACUUUCUACGGCUUCCUGAAGCCAUGGUUGGGGGAUGGGCUGUUGGUGAGUUCAGGUGACAAAUGGAGCCGCCACCGUCGCCUGCUGACACCUGCAUUCCACUUUGACAUCCUGAAGUCCUAUGUGAAGGUUUUUAGUAAGAGCUCGAACAUCAUGCACGCCAAGUGGCAGUGCCUGACCUCCAAGGGCAGCGCCCGUCUGGACAUGUUUGAACACAUCAGCCUCAUGACCUUGGACAGUCUGCAGAAAUGCGUCUUCAGCUUCGACAGCAACUGCCAGGAGUCUCCCAGUGAAUACAUUGCUGCCAUCUUGGAGCUCAGCUCCCUCAUAGUGAAACGGCACUUCCAGCUCUUCCUAUAUGUGGACUUCCUGUACUACCUCACUGCUGAUGGGCGGCGCUUCCGUAAGGCCUGCGACCUGGUGCAUGACUUCACUGAUGCCGUCAUCAGGGAGAGACGCCGCACCCUCAAUAGCCAGGGUGUUGAUGAAUUCGUGAAUUCCAAGGCUAAGUCUAAGACUUUAGACUUCAUUGAUGUGCUCUUGCUGGCCAAGGAUGAACAUGGAAAGGAGCUGUCAGAUGAGGACAUCCGGGCAGAAGCUGACACCUUCAUGUUUGGAGGCCAUGACACCACAGCCAGUGGACUCUCCUGGAUCCUGUACAACCUGGCGAGGCACCCGGAAUACCAGGAGCGCUGCCGGCAGGAGGUGCGGGAGCUGCUGAGGGACCGAGAGCCUCAGGAGAUUGAGUGGGACGACCUGGCCCAGCUGCCCUUCCUGACCAUGUGCAUCAAGGAGAGUCUGCGGCUGCAUCCUCCAGUUAUCUCCAUCUCUCGAUGUUGCACCCAAGACAUUGUGCUUCCAGAUGGCCGGGUCAUCCCCAAAGGGAAUGACUGUGUCAUCAGCAUAUUUGGGGUUCAUCACAACCCUUCAGUCUGGCCAGACCCUGAGGUCUACGACCCCUUUCGCUUUGACCCAGAAAACCCUCAAAAGAGGUCACCUCUGGCUUUUAUUCCCUUUUCUGCUGGACCCAGGAACUGCAUAGGACAGACUUUCGCCAUGGCUGAGAUGAAGGUGGCCCUGGCGCUGACACUGCUGCGUUUCCGCGUCCUGCCCGACGACAAGGAGCCCCGCAGGCAGCCGGAGCUGAUCCUGCGUGCGGAGGGCGGGCUGUGGCUGCGGGUGGAACCGCUGAGCCCAGGGACACAGUGACCGGGCGGGGAUUGCCCCACCCGCUUUCCUCCAAGGAUCCCGAAUAAGCAGAACCUCAGCAAAGGCCAGCAGGGGGCGCUGCGGGACAGCGGAGAACCACUGGUGGCCUGGAGAAGAGGUGGGGCUUGUUUCCUCCUGGACCACCCUCAGGACCUGCAGGCUGAUGGAAGUUGUAGCCAAGCUCAAGCAUGGACUUUAUUCUUUGGGCGAUAAAGAGCCACCAUUGAUAUUUGAGCAGGAGAAGUACCUGCAGGUUUGAGGCUCUGUGAGCUAAGCAUAGUUACAGUUUUCGUUUUCCUUUUUUUUUUUUUUUGGUUUUAUGAGACAGGGUUUCUCUGUAUUGUUUUGGAGGCUGUCGGUCCAGCCCGGCCUCAAAUUCACAGAGAUCCGCCUGCCUCUGCCUCCCGAGU